CUUGAGACCCCCAUUAGGCCAUUACUCUAAUUUACUUCUUUUUUGCUUUGUUUCGGUUUAAUGAACUACUAGUUUCUUUCCAAAACAAGGAAAAACGUGCAUAAUUUUGAGGGCAAAUUACAAAACUUUGCAAACUCUCCUAGCUAUAUUAUUAGUCUUAGUCUUUGCUUUCUCAGAUGCUCAUCAAUCAUAGCUUUCUUUCUUUUUGUUUUGCUUUGUUUUGCUGCUUCGACUUUCUUUAAUUUGCACCAAAACCCUCUUCUUCCAUCUCCAAAAUCUCAAACUUUGCAGAAUUGUAGGUGGAAACUAUGAUGGUUUCUUUUGGUACAUUCCAUUCAUAGACUUUUGGAGGCUGUUUUUGAGCCACGCUUCUACCAGUUCACUAUCUGAAUUAUUUAUUUUUGUGCUGUAAGAUACUAGGAUGUAACAAUUCUGUCGGUCCAUCUGUCCUCCUUCAAUUGCAACAUUAUUACAAAUUGCAAAAUUGGUUGUCGACUUAUAAUUUAUGAAUCCUAGCCGCUCUCUCUCAGUGUUUACUAUUCCAAACUGUUUACUACUAUAUCUAUCUACUCUACUAAAUUUUCAAGCCUUCAAUGCUUCUGCAUACAAUGCUUUGUAGUCAAUAACAUCCUCACUGCCAUCACUUUAUGUUUGUUUAGUACAUGGUACUGAGAGUGAAUUACUUUGACUCUGAUGUUUGUUGGCCAACCCAGCAUUUGUUCCUUCCUACCCUUGUUACCUUAAUUACAUACACUGGCCGUAAAAUUUUGGUCAGAAAAAGAGAUUUUCUAUCCCCUUAUUAGGAAUGAAAUGAUUGAUAUCCAUUUCCUUACCAUAGGGUAGAAACUGAAAAAUAAGGGUGCUGUUGCUUUCUUGAUUUUUUUGUGUGCAGUUGGAAAUUUUUGGAUUAGUUUAUCUUGUGGAUCACUCUAGCUUUUUGCUUCCACAGAUGAGGAUUGGACUCGGGAUAUUUGAACACUAAGCCUGUUCUUCUUAAUACAGGUUCUGAAGAUGAAUUUAUUGUCUCGGGAAAUCAUCAAACAUAAGUGGCUUGUUUCAUAGCACGAGGAGCAUUAUUAUUCAAGUGUUUGUAUGGAACUAAAUGGUUUCCUUUCUUUUAUUUUCAGUGUAUGGGUUGGAAUAAAUGAAGCCACAGCUCAAAAUUGCUCUUGCUUUAGUUAUUAGCUUGCUUUGGAUUCAGCACUCAUUUUGUGAUGAAAAUUCUGAGACAUCUAGCUUAAACAAGUGGAGAUGUAGAUGUUCUUUCCAAGGGAACCAGAGCUACUCUCUUGCUAAUUGUUCAAAGUCAUGUGAUUGCCACUCAGAUUCUGAAGAGAGUGCAUCUGUAUGGACAUGCGUAUGUGAUUCCAAUGGAUUUCCCCAAGUGGCAGCUGAUGGUCGUAGCUCUAAUUGCUUUAGCACUUGCAACUGCACUUGGGGAACCGUCAGCAGGCCGGGAGGUUCAAAGAAGCAUGUUUCCAGCAAGAUUGUUGUAGUUAUACUAUUAAUAUGUGUUAUAUGCACAACCAUGGCAUUUCUUGUCUCACUUAUAUGCCAUGUCUACCGAAAGGACAGAUGUACAAUUCAAUCACCAAUAUUCUCAACAGAUAAGGAAACAAGUAGUGGUAGUACCACCAACUUAAUUAGUCAUAGAUCAGGGGCUUCUUCAGUGCCAGAAACAAAAUAUGCAAUAAAUUCUCCAAUUUAUCAUAUCACAGGUUGUUUUCAGAAAGCCUCUUUCUUAUUUGGGAGCCCAAAAGAAACUUAUCAUGGGAAUAUUUUUCCAUUUUCAUUAGCUGAACUGGAAAAUGCAACAGAAAACUUUUCAUCUUCCAACCUAAUUGGGGUAGGGGGAAGUAGUUAUGUAUACCUUGGUCGGCUGAAAGAUGGUAGCAAUGUGGCAGUUAAACGACUAAAAGACCAAGGAGGGCCAGAAGCAGACUCUGCAUUUUUCAAGGAGAUUGAACUAUUAGCUAGACUUCACCAUUGUCAUUUGGUUCCUUUGCUUGGAUACUGCUCCGAGUUAAAAGGAAAACAUGUUCAGAGAUUACUAGUAUUUGACUACAUGGCCAAUGGAAAUUUGAGGGACUGUUUAGAUGGAGUUUCUGGAAAACAUAUCGAUUGGGCCACUCGUGUUAUGAUUGCAAUAGGAGCUGCAAGGGGCUUGGAGUAUCUCCAUGAAGCAGCUGCUCCAAGAAUUCUUCAUAGAGAUGUCAAAUCAACUAACAUUCUUCUGGAUGAAAAUUGGCAAGCAAAAAUAACUGAUCUUGGCAUGGCUAAAAACUUGAGAUCUGAUGACCUCCCCAGCUGUUCAAAUUCUCCAGCAAGAAUGCAGGGAACAUUUGGCUAUUUUGCACCUGAGUAUGCCAUUGUUGGUAGAGCUUCUCUUGAGUCAGACGUCUUUAGUUUUGGGGUGGUUCUUCUUGAGCUUAUCAGUGGUCGCCAUCCCAUCCAUAAAUCUACAGGCAAAGAAGAAAGCCUCGUUAUAUGGGCUACACCUCGCUUCCAGGAUAGUAGGCGAGUAAUAACGGAGUUGGUUGAUCCCCAAUUGAAAGGAAACUUCCCAGAAGAAGAGGUGCAGGUAAUGGCAUACUUAGCAAAGGAGUGUUUGCUGCUGGAUCCCGACACUCGACCAACCAUGAGCGAGGUUGUUCAGAUUCUUUCGAGUAUUUCCCCGGGAAAAUCUAGGAGGAGAAGAAACAUUCCAGCCAGCCUCUUUCAGGAACCAGAAGAUGCACAAAAGCAAAGGCAAGCUCCACCUACUAAAUUUCCAACACAUAGUUCAAUGCCAAUAUAUAAUGAUCACAAUCUUUCUGUUGAGAACAAAAAUAAAGCAGAAGAUGCACUUUCAGCUGAGUAUAUGGAGAGUUUGAUCCUCUUGACUUCGAAAUCUGAUGGCUCUUGUGCAUCAGAAGAGGAAAUAGUAGACCUGACUGAGCCUAGGUUUGAAUCAUUUUGCAUCACAAAUGGCAAUGUCCCAUGAAAACAUAAGACCAGGCACGGGCAGAUGUGCAGAUGGCAGAAAUCUGAGGAGUUUAUGUUGUGUGAACUGGUGAUACACCUCUGUUGCUUGUUCUACCACCGGUUACUGUACAUGGCUGCAUUGAGAUAUCAUAAGAGAUGCUGCAAUUAUUUUGUUUUAAGAUUAUCUUGGUCUACAUGUUUUCUUUUUCCUUGUUUUGAAAGCAAAAGCACAUAGGUGUUGUUAGAUGAGCACUGAAAAGUAUUCGUUUGUUUCUUGUACAGAAAAGCAUAGGAUGAUAUAGGAGAUUCUGGUUCUUCUUUAUUUGGAGAGGAACUGGAUGACAUACACAUUAAAUUAAAGGUUUUGGUCACAGAAAUAAUUGUCUUACAAUUAUGUUUGAUACCAAGUCUUCUGACAUAUGAAGUAGAUUGAAAUAAACUUUCUUAAUACACAAUCA